AUGCGACAGGCCCCGCCAGGUCAAGGCCAGUCCCUGGCUUACAGUAGUAGUAGUUCGACCCCUGACGAGUUGACGGCGGCAGUGGCAGCACCAGGAGGAGGACCAGCAUCAGCAGGACCGGCGGCGCAUACGACUGCUAUCCAUUCUCCCUCAGACAGAGCCGCUUCUGCAUCUGCUCCUCCUGCUGUUGGUGCUUCUGGUGCUUCUGCUGCCACGAGAAAUCCACCUUCAUCAACGCCACACAGUCGAGAUGUUUCUUGUGCUCGAGGCCGGGCGGGAGAUGCGACUUCGGCAACUGGAUUUAGCCUUGCUUCUUCUCUUCAACUACACCCCCAGCUACGCACCCAGUCGCACUCGAAAAGUCCGGAGCCGUCGAGUGAGCGAGAACGGACCGGCGUCGUGGCCUCGGACAGCAGUGAAGGUCUAGAGAGACGGCCAUCGAACUCGUACGGCCAUCACCGUCAGGCCUCUAUCGUCCACGGCAGCAUCCAGCACUCGAGAGGCCCUAGUUUUGCCAAUUCGCAAGUCACCUCUAGCCCUCUCAGUCCCGAGAUGAUCUCGGCAGCCGGGUUCGCGCCGUCUCUGAACGAAUCCAAGCUGAACGGCGGCCCUCGAGAGAAUGGAGAUUACUCGCCUUCCAAUUUUGUAUCCUCCGCCGGCGGCGUAGGAAAUAUUCUUCAGGCCUCUCCUCUGUCGUUGAUACAGGAUACCGUUCGAGCAGACGGCUUGGAACGCCAUCACUCCCAUCGUCGAGCCGUCACCACAGGUAAAUUACGGAGGGAAAACUCGCACUCAAAGAGUCGGUCGGGUCAUACCAACCAGGAAGCAAAGACGGUGGGAGAGUAUGCUCUCCAUCAUCUUUUUAAUUCGUUCGUGGGACAGGCGGAGGAAAAGAUUAACAAAUGUAUCAUGAGCCUAGGGGAGUUUGAGGCGCCUGUAGAACAAGUAUGCGGUCCCGGUGCGGACCCAACUUUUGAUCAACUUAUAGCCGCCCUCGGCCAUAUUGCGAAACAGAAGCCAAAACCACUUAUAGACACGAUCAUGGUAUGGAGAAAAUCAAAAGGUGAUGCUGCUGCUACCGCGAAGCAAGGCUGGGCUCAGGUAUAUGCUACUCCAACAUCGAAGCAUGCUAUGGUCACUGCUAACCUUAGUAUCAAGCCCAAACCUCCACCGCAAAUAUCCUCGACCAUAAUACGCCGCAACACAGAACCCCCACAGCCUGGAUUGGACGCAGCAGAUGCUGGGUCACCACCUCCAUCCAUUCCUAUCAUUAACCGACAAGAAGACAUUCUCAUGACCGAACGACGAGCAACUGUUUCCGUAUAUCUUGUCUGUCGAGUCCUUAUUGAAAUAUUUAACCAAAGCUCUAUCAAUGCGAUUACACAGGAAAUGGCCAGUCGGCUGGAAGAUAUUGUGUUUGGGCAGCUGAAGGCAGUUGAUCCUGAGCAAAUCGCCGCAUCACCACUGAGAAUGGCUAACUGGCGCAUUUAUGGGCAACUCCUUGGUAUCAUGAGUGAAAACAAUUUCUCCAGUGUUUCUAAUCAGUACCUUACCGAACUAGCUCAAUACCAGCGAGAAGAGGGACGGAUGCCUACCACCAGGGAGGCAGAGACCAGAGCCGAAUUGUUGAUUUACGGGAUGCGACACCUCCGCCUCCGAGUUUACCCUGAUGAGAGAUGGGCAAGGACUUGUGAUUUCUUGCAAUCACUUGCUAGGCUGUUCAGCGACGCACACGGCCAACGACUGAAACAAGCAUACUGUCAGAUACUUGAGACUUUUCUCCUUCCCAUCGCCGCCAAUCCUGCUUGUGACUUGUCCUCGCCCAAAUGGAAGGAAUUCCUAGAGAUUCUUGUGCCUCGUUUAUCUCAAGUCCUUAUAAAACCUCGGCAUUGGAAUAGUGCUUUCCCUCUUCAUAUUCUCCUCCUAUGUGUAUCACCUCGAGAUACAUUCCUCUCUCAAUGGAUGCCCACUGUGAAUGCUCUCUCGCCAAAGCUCAAAGAGCGCCCUACUAGAGCGGCUGCACUUCAGGCCAUAUGCAGACUACUCUGGACCUACCUGUAUCGUUAUGCUGACCCGCUAAGCAAUCCCCUCCGUAAAACAGAAGAGGUGAUUCGAAUUGUUCUCCCGGGUGGUAGACGAACCUAUCUUACCACCGAGCCUACAGUUGCGGAACCAAUCACCCAGUUGGUACGGAUGAUUGGCUUCAAGCAUCCAGAGAUGUGUUUCCGCUCUAUCAUAUUCCCUCUGGUCAACUCUGACCUAUUUGCGUCCGGCAAAGACUUGAAGAUUGAGAAUAUGGAGCCUGAAAAGAUGGUUAUUGGCAUCCGCUCCUUCUUAGCUAUCAUGGCAGAUAUAGAAAACGGUGGAGGGACGCCACCUCCUUUUCCCCAAGAGUUUGCGAUCACAGAGCAAAGCCCCAUGUCCCCUUUCGCUCCCCAGGCAUCUAUCCCCGAACCACAGUAUACCACACAGUCAACCCCUAAAUCUCAGUCAUCCCCAAUCCCAUUCAACCCGUCAAAGUUGAAUGAUAGCACACGAAAAUAUUACCUACGUUUUUGCGAAAUAUUAGGAAAGAUCACUAUAUUAUGCGACAACACUUUCGGGGGGCAGGCGGCACUCGAUGAAAAAUUUGGCGGUGUUACACCCAAAACUCCUAUAACAGAACAUUUCACCUUCGGCCGACGCGAUGACCAUGCGAGCACUCCUGACCAAAAGCAAGGAUUUUACGACCUUCUCCAUGUCGCUGUCCAAGCACUUCCCCGCUGCCUUUCGGAUCACAUACCGUUCAACUCUCUCAUUAACCUGCUCUGUACAGGAACCGCACAUGUACAGUCCAAUAUUGCAGCUUCGUCCGCAGAAUCGCUCAAGUCAAUUGCCCGUCAAUCAUAUGCUCAGCAUGUUGCUAUUGGGUUUGCUCGUUUCAUAUUUAAUUUUGACGCAAGGUAUUCAACAAUGUCUGAUGAGGGCAUGUUAGGUCCAGGCCAUAUCGAAUCAACGUUACAGUUAUAUGUUCAACUUAUCCAGAUAUGGAUCGAGGAAAUCAGGCAGAAAACCAAAGAUGCAACCAUUGACUUGCCUGAGAAGCCUAGUACAGGUGCCCGAGGACUUCAGCUUGACCUGUCUGGUGUUCUCGCUCAUGUGGAGGAAAUUGAGUCUCACGGGUUAUUCUUUCUAUGUUCUCAAUCUAGGAUUGUUCGAGCAUUUGCCAUUACGGUCCUUCGCCUUGUGACUGAGUUCGAUACCGCUCUGGGAAAAAACAAUACUCGGAUUAUCCGUAUAAUGGAAGGGGACUCACGACGUGUUCUAGACUUGAAAGACGAAUCCUUAACUGUUGCUGAGAGAAGCAGGCUUCAAAAGGGCAGGCAAGAAAAUACAGCACACAACACCCUUAUUGAAUUGUGCAGUAGCGAGGUGUCAUACGACUCGACUUUGUGGGCCAAAGUGUUUCCAAACCUCAUUCGUAUCAGUUUUGAUACUUGUCCCUUUGCCGUCACUCUUGGACGUGAAAUUGUUUGUGCCAGAUUAGUUCACAUGCACAAACAAAUCACUCAUAUCGCUGAAGGCCCCCCACCAAUGCAACUAAGUUCUCCUGAUCAUAUCCCCACGCGCCCAAUUAUUUUGCGAAACGGGACUUCACCUGAAGUCAUGAUCGAACAAUGGAAGCUGUAUCUUAUCAUGGCCUGCACUACGUUGAACAGUGCUGGUGCGCAGUCUCAGAGUCAAUUGGCAAAUGCACAACACGCUCGGAAGGCUUCCAAGUCCGGACAGCAAAGCCAGGAUAAGAUUAACUCGGCAAGGUCACUUUUCGCCUUCGUGAUUCCGCUACUUUCUGCCCCUCAUGACUCUAUUAGGAGUGCUAUUGUUGUUGCCCUCGGCUCUAUCAACAUUGCGUUGUACCGAACCCUCCUGGAAUCGCUGCAAUAUGCUGUAACUACUUGUAAGGAAGAGGCUAAGGUUCGCAUCGGAACUCACCUUCGCACCCCAAGUACUCCAAGGCGGAAUAGACGUACAGAUCUUCUUAGGACGGAAGUCACCAACGUGUAUAAAGCGACUUCUCAUUUCCUCAAGGAGCCGGAAGUAUCUAAUGAUGACUGGAUACUUAAUAACAUGGUGACGUAUACCCGAGACCUUAGGAUAUUCCUCAGUGAUGUAGAGGUGCAAAACGAUCUGGAGUUCCAAAAUCUUCGAUUCCACUUCUGCGGAUUACUCGAACAGCUAUUUGAUGGCAUCAAACGCUCAAAAGAACCUUCUCGAUGGAUGCCAUUUGAGUCCAGGAAAUCCGCCUUCUCUCUCAUGGAAGAUUGGUGCGGUUACUCUCCGAAUCAGAACCAAAUAGCGGUUCGAGAGGAAAAUAUGCGGAAGCUCACCAUUGCGAGGCAAAGAGAAAACGGGGAAGUUCGUAGCACCGCUGCAAUGGAGAUUGAGAAAAGAAAUUUACGCACCGCUGCCCUGAGUGCCAUGGCAUCUCUCUGUGGGGGCCCGAUACGCAUUUCCACAGAAAGCGGAGCCACUCUCCAGUUUGAUAUUAGACGCAUGCUUUCGUGGAUCGAUAUAAUUCUCAACACCGAGAGUGAUAAAUUACAUACCAUUGGCCGGCGAGCAUUGAAGAAUCUGAUCGUUCAUAACAAAACUCUCCCGUACUUGCUUGAGCAAUGUAUCGAGAUGUGUUACCUAUCGGAGCGACCGAAGGCUCUCGAAAGUUACUUCGAAGUCUUUUCCCAAGUUGUUGUGGAAGAAAGUGACUACCCGGUUGCAUUUUGGCGUAUCCUAGGGGCCGUCUUGUUCACCCUCGGAAACUCUAAGAGGGAAAUUCGCAUGAAAUCCGCUCGCUUGCUAAGGACAAUUGAGGAACGCGAGCAGAAGAACUCGAGGUUACAGGAUUUCGACAUUAGUAUUUCUGACAGGACAACUGCUGUCUACAAGCUUGCUCAAUUCGAAACUUCGAAGCGACUUGCACAGCAACAUGCCGAUUUGGCAUUUAUCAUCUUUUCAGAGUUCUCAUUGCACUUUAAAAAUAUCCAGCCGGAUACACAGCGUAAUAUGGUUGCUGCCAUUCUCCCCUGGGUACAAGCAAUCGAGCUUCAAUUAGACCCAAAUGGUGGCCCAACUUCUAAAUCCUACAUGCUGUUAUCCAACCUUUUUGAAAUCACCAUCCGGUCUGGUACUGUGCUACCAAACGAGGUUCAAGCCCUUUGGCAAGCUCUUGCAACUGGCCCUCAUGCUGGCAAUGUGCAGCUGGUUCUUGACUUUAUCAUCAACCUCUGUCUAGAGCGGAGGGAACAAAAUUUUGUCGAUUAUGCCAAACAGAUAGUUGUUUUCCUAGCGUCAACCCCCGCUGGCUCGAAGGUGAUCGAAUUUUUCUUGCUUCAAGUGGUGCCUAAAAACAUGGUACACGAGCGGCGUGAGCCGCUUCCCGCUCCUUCUGACCUGUCAAGCCUGCCAUACGUUGCCGACCUAGGUACUAUUUUACCCGUCGGGAACAAGCAGGUUGGCUUAUCUUUGGGACAAGUGUCCAUGAUAUUUCUCGUCGAUCUGAUGGUUGCACCAGUUAGCAUCGGAUUUGAGAGUGUCAUCAAGUUAAUCCAUGUUGCACUUAUAUUUUGGGACCACUAUACUUUGACCGUUAGAGACCAAGCACGAGAAAUGUUAGUCCAUCUAAUUCAUGAGCUUGUUGCAUCGAAAUUGGAGAAUGAGGUCGAAAGUGCCCAGCGUCAAUCUAUCGAGGAUUUCGUGGAGUGCAUCAGGCAAAGCGAUCCUACAGUGGUAUGGGAGUAUGAAGACAAUAAUGGAAAAGAUGAGAAAGCAGCGGGUACAAGAGUGCCAUCGUCCAUGCACCAUGUUGCCCACAGUGUCGCUGGAAUAUUUACCGCUGUAUACGAAGGAGUGAAUGACCAUUGGUCUAGAGAAGCGCUGAACUGGGCCACAUCUUGUCCGGUUAGGCAUCUUGCUUGUCGAUCAUUCCAAGUAUUCAGAUGCAUAUCCACGUCUCUUGAUUCUCGGAUGCUUGCCGACAUGCUUGCACGGUUAUCGAAUACCAUUGCCGAGGAAGAAACGGACUACCAGACGUUCUCGAUGGAAAUAUUGACGACAUUAAAAGUCAUCAUCAGCUCCCUUGCCCCGCAAGACCUGUUACGAUACCCUCAGCUAUUUUGGACCACCUGUGCUUGUCUGAAUACGAUCCAUGAACGUGAAUUUAUGGAAAGUCUUGCUAUGCUUGAGAAGUACUUGGAUAAAAUAGAUCUGUCUGAUGAGAGCGUGGCUGCAAAUCUCUUAGAAUGCAAGCCGCCGAAAUGGGAGGGUGAAUUCUGCGGGAUUCAAGACCUGGUCUAUAAGGGAUUGAAGUCGUCGGAGUCAUUGCACGAGGCCCUCAGGAUGCUCAGGAGGCUUGCGGUACUACCGAAUAACGAUUUGAUUGGUGAUGGGAAUCGCUUGUUGUUUGCGAUAUGGGCAAACCUCCCCGAGCUGUUAAAUGAAUACGAUACCUCAAAGCCCUCAACCAAUAUUGAGAUUCAAGCGACUCUCCUCGCCAGCAUCGCCGACAAACAAGGCUACUCUCAACUGUCUAACGGAUUGUUAGCUCUUUCCCGAGCGCAAUAUCGGACAAGCGACGAGUUUUUGGCCGUCAUUGUCAACUCAAUAUCGAUGUACUUUUUCCCAGGCCAGGAUGUGCAGAGCUUAGUAUUCUUAAUGGGCCUGCUAACUAACAACACGUCGUGGUUCCGAGUCAGUCUCAUGCGGAUUCUCAGUUUAGUAAUAUCAGAGAUCGACAUGCGCCGACCAGAUAUCUCCUGCCAUGGCCCCGACCUCAUAUCUCCCUUACUUCGUCUUCUCCAUACAAACCUUUGCCCCCAAGCCCUUGGAGUUCUCGACCAUAUCAUGACAGUUGCCGGAAACCCGAUGGAACGCCACCAUCUUCGAAUGAGUAUGGCUUCUUCAGCCUCAUCAAGAGCCAUUCGGAAAGAGUUUGAAGGUAUCCAGAGCUUAUACGGCAUCCCUGAGCCUAAUGGGUGGUCGAUUCCGAUCCCAGCUGUGCAGUCAAACCUCACUAGAAACAAUGUUCAUGCCGUUUUCUACACCUGCGCAGAAGAAGAUGGCCUUGGAGAACAGCCAACGACAUCACCGGAUCUAGAGUUCCACGUUGAUGACUACGGUGACUCGUAUUUCCCGGCGUUCCGAGCUGACACAAUGAAAUCAGUUGAUACGGGAAAUGAAACGAACAUGGGUGAUUUGCUCCAAAAGCUGGACAGUUUGGACGAUUUCUUCGAGGAGACAGAGGUCAAUCACUCUGUACCUUCAAUAACCGGGGCGUCUCUGCAUAGCUUUGCAACGAAUGAUUUUCCAGAUGCAAGCACACACUUGUAUGACCAACAUACAGCUCCUCUAUUACGAAAGUCUCUAGCUAGAACAGCUUCAUCGUCCUCGUUCCACAAUGGCUUCGCUGAUUCUAGGCUUCCUCUUACACGCACUGAUUCGAACAGCGUCGGUACCCCUUCUAUUCACCCAUCACCCUUAAGCACCACUUCUUCUACUUCUAAUCAACCACGACGCGGAUCCCUCCACACCCGUUCAAUUACAUCCCCAAGCAAUUAUUAUCCGCAGUCUGGCAACAACAACGGCAAUCCGGGUACUCCUGAACCCGGAUAUCUAGGCCGGUCCUUCCUAUCUGAUGACGAGAUCGAGGAUGCGCUGUCGGACUCCGAAGAUCGCCUAACUCUUCAUUACCCAUCGUCUUCUACCUCACGUGCAGUCAUCAUUGGUAAUAGCAACCCCGAAGCGGGCUCCUUUUCCUUGGAUACCAUGAUUCGAAGCGGCGUGCGCCGACUUACUGGUGGCAACAACGCGGGAAGAGAUAGAGAUCGUCAGCGCGAGCUAUUAAGAGCCCAACAACGGGCCAUUGCGCAAUCAGCUACUUCUCCCAGAGUACCAAAAGUUCCUCCCGAGUAUUUAACGGGUGGCGCAAACAAUCCAACCUCACCUCACCAGUGA